AUGAAAAACGCUGCAGUUCUUCCAGCGAGUCGGUCAGAACCAGCAGCCUAUACACACUUGUCUCGCUCCCUCAUUCACUCACUGGCUCACUCUCAAAACGCACCACGUGCUGCUCCUCGCCUCUCCACUCUGUCUUCUCCUCCCCGACAGCGAGGUACCAUGCAUCCUCCUCCCCGCUCCCUCACUUCUCCGCUCAGCCGCUGUCAUCCCGGGGUGUCGCCGUCAUCAUCAAGCGGGGCUUUUCUGCUGCAAAGCGGGGAACCUCUGGACACCCUGUUUCCUUGAGGACUCCGGAGGCAGGACGAGGUCGCCGGGCGCGGGGAGCCGGUGGUUCUCGGCGGCCGGGGGGAGCGCCGUGAUUUCUUUUCGGGUACCCGGGUCUCUGCGGGACCUUUACUCGCUCAGUGCCACCGCUCGCGUCACCUUGAAGUUGUCGGGAGGGCAUCCGUCCAUCAGGACGCACCGCUUUUCUUCCUCUUAGGAGAGUCCGGGCAACUUGUUGUGGAGACAGACCUGCACAGGAUCCCCAUCCCAGCUCCGCUCACAUUGACAACUGCUUCUCUGGUCUUUCCCGGUCUACAGCAACACCAACAGCAACACAAGUCCGUGGACCCCUCCGCUGCCAUGGCCUCACAGGGCUAAACUGAAAACCCCGAGUUGAGAGCCCCCCUGCGUUACAUCCACACCAAAAGCGAUGCUCGGCCUCCCUCCGACUUUCAUUUGAGAUUCCUUUGCCCCGGGUGGGAGUGAAUUUGAACCGGACAAUCUCAGAUAGCGCCUUAAUAAACGAGAUUCCCUGCAGGUGCGACGUGGAAACGUCCUGACUGUUUCGCAGUAAGAGGAUAGGACCGUGGGGGUCGGGGAACAGGUCUAGCUCCCCCCACAUCUUCCAGCGGCCAUGCAGGUGUCCUUUGCAUGCACGGACCACGGGCUGAAGGCCCCGCGGAAUGGCGAGCACAGCAAGCAGAACGCCACCAGCCCCAACACGGCGAGUCAGGCCCGGGCUCGCUUCCGCACGGUGGCCCUGAUAGCACGCAGCCUGGGGUCCUUCACUCACCGCUACCACCACAACCUUAAGGAGUCCACCGCCAAGCUCACGGGGAUGAAGUACCGGAACCUGGGAAAAUCUGGGUUGCGUGUAUCCUGUCUGGGGCUCGGCACCUGGGUGACAUUCGGAGGUCAGAUUUCCGAUGAGGUGGCCGAGCAGCUGAUGACAAUCGCCUACGAGAGCGGGGUCAACCUCUUCGACACGGCAGAGGUCUACUCGGGGGGGAGAGCAGAGAUAAUUCUGGGAGACAUCAUCAAGAAAAAGUGCUGGAGGAGAUCCAGCCUAGUGAUCACCACAAAACUCUACUGGGGAGGAAAAGCAGAGACGGAGAGGGGGCUCAACAGGAAACACAUCAUCGAAGGUUUGAAGGGCUCCCUUCAGAGGAUGCAGCUGGAGUAUGUGGAUGUGGUUUUUGCCAACCGCCCGGACAGCAACACUCCCAUGGAGGAGAUAGUAAGAGCGAUGACCCAUGUGAUCAACCAGGGCAUGGCCAUGUAUUGGGGGACGUCACGGUGGUCUGCUAUGGAGAUAAUGGAGGCGUACUCAGUGGCCAGGCAGUUUAAUCUAAUCCCACCAGUGUGUGAGCAAGCUGAGUAUCACUUCUUCCAGAGGGAGAAAGUGGAGACACAAUUGCCCGAGCUCUACCACAAGAUAGGCGUAGGGGUGGUUUCCUGGUCCCCUUUGGCAUGUGGAAUCAUCACCGGGAAAUAUGAAAAUGGUGUCCCAGAAUCUUCCAGGGCUUCGAUGAAGCCGUACCAGUGGCUGAGAGAGAAGAUAACGAGUGAGGAUGGAAGGAAACAGCAGGCCAAGCUUAAGGAACUGGCUCACAUUGCUGAAAAACUCAGCUGUACUAUGCCCCAGCUAGCCAUAGCCUGGUGCCUGAGGAAUGAGGGAGUGAGCUCAGUGCUGCUAGGGUCCUCUAACCCCAGCCAGCUAACAGAGAACCUGGGAGCCAUCCAGGUUAUUCCAAAGAUGACAGCAGGCAUUGCCACUGAAGUGGAUCAUAUAUUGGGCAAUCGUCCUCAUAAUAAGAAGGACUACCACCAUUAGGGUGGGUCCCUCCACAAGAACUGUGCCCCCCGAAAAGCUUUUCGAAGCUUACUACAGCCAUGGCACAUUCAGCUCAUGUGCCCAACCUUGCUUGUGCGUGUGUGGUAUGACUUUUGGUCUGACUGUGUAGAGAGCUUUCCGCUUGGCUCCUUGUAUGUAUGAUGAUCAACCAGUCCUCAAUACUGUAAAAUUAGCUCCUUGACAAAGCAUGCAUGCCACAGUUAUCUCAGCCAGCCACUGGACCCAGAUUUCACAACGGUUAGAAGAUCCAGCCAGAUCCAGAUCUCUGCAAUUGUCCUCUGCUCCAAAAAAAAAAGGUACCCUGUUCAGCAGAAACUGCUGAGCCAUACUACAAGCAGCACAUCUAAGACUGUUAGUUGUGGAUAAUAGAAGAUCACAUCCCUGUAACACAGCAGAUUGGAAAGGUCCUCCGGAAGGAUGAGAAAAUAAGUGUAACUUUAUGUAAUAAAAGUGGAAACUCGAAAAGCCACCUGAGUCCAAAGCAUCCCAUAAAACGGGUUGCUGGGCGUUAAACGUCAAUACGUUUUUAGCUGUAGGCUGUUCAAUGAAGUGGCGUUAACCAAAUGUUUGUGAAGUGUGGAAAAUCUCUGAUUAAGUAUACUUGUGCCUAGUAACAGGAGACUGGAUUGUCCGCUAACCCCCCCCCUGCAUCCGGAGUACACUUGUCAGUGUUAUGAAUUGCUUUAUCACUUGAGGAAAUGAAAAUCUAUUCACGUUCAUGUCGCUACAAUUCCGAGAGAACUAGGUUCGACUGAAAUACAAUUAAAAAGAAGUGUAUACUGACUGUUAUAUUUUCCUAACAUGCUUAACAGGAUAAUCUUUUGAUUUCUCACUUACAUUUUCAAGGGUUCAGUCUUGCAUACUUUUCCUUUACCCCAUCAUAAUUUUGAUUUGGCCGGAUUUUCUUUCAACAGUGAACACGUCUGCUUCAUUUAAUUCAGAUCUGGGUCAUGACUGGAACAUUUGUGUAGUCAGACUUGGUGAGACGGCGUGGAAGGGGGGGGGUUGUGAAGUAAAAGGAAAGGAGGGUGGGGGGGCAGCUAAUGAGGGCAGUCCACUGACUGCACAAAACCCUCCGGACAUGGCACCUGGACCCACACUGGAACCACUUUCUCCACUUUCUCCCUGAAGCCGUUUUAUGUAAUGCGAUUGUUUGUUUAAGUUAAAGACAUUUUUUUUUCUCUCUGUUCCAAAAAUAUAUUUCGGUGUUGUUCGUCAAAUUUGUACACAUGAAUA